AUGGCUGUGAGCAACGAUUACAACAACCUAGUGGAGGAAUUUGGCAGUAAGGCCAGCACGCAGUCAUCGUCGAAAUCGAAGAAAAUGCGAAGAUGGGACUCGACCAACAAUUGGAUGUGCUACGAAAAUGGAACCAGAGUGGACGGACAACGUAUCGAAUUCGUCCAUAAGUUCUGCAACCUUGGCUGUAUGCUGAGGAACAAUGGCAGCUACGAGAAAGAUGUUGUAGCAACCCCAUAUCAUCAACAAAGUCAAGCUGCGAGACUACCUACCCGCUACUCGCCCCAUCAUGAUGUACGGAUUGGAGACUUAGGCAGCACCGUCUACGGUGGUGGAGAAGCUUGA